AAUUUCUAAUUUAUUUUUAUUUCAAGAUUAAAUGAGUCUUUUUUAUGCCAAAAAUAUAUCUAACAUUCUUAGCUUUUUGGAACAUUGCAUCAGUGUUAAACAUGCUAGUCGAUUUGAUGCGUUAAACAGUUUGACAACAAUUACGCAAUAGCAACUCUGUUUACUAUAAUCUUCCUUGAAGGAUGGAGGUAAUAAAAAAGCCUUUCGAGUGUCCAAAUGAAGAUUGUUCGAUGAGUUUUACAAAUGAAGAUCAUUUGUCGGUUCACAAGAAAAAGCACAUUCUAUCUUUAUCACUCACACCUACGACUCCUUAUAAGACUUUAUAUGGUAAGUCGUAUACAUUAUAUGAUCAAACUCCAACACCUACCAGAUUCUUGAAUGCAUUAGAUUCAGCUGAAUUAUUCCAAGAUUUCCAUGCUGAGAAUCCAUUUGAUGCUACUUUUCGAAGAGCAAAUUCCACUGGUUCUGGCACACCUAAUUUCAAUAUCCCUGAGUCCUCAUCAUUGAUUGCAAGCCUGCCUGAUACUUCUGAAGUUCUAAACACUCCAUCAAUCACAUUACCUUCAGAACCUGCAACACCCAUUAUUUUAAAGUCAGAAUUUUUAAGGAGGCAAAAAUCGAAGGAUGUCAUUCACACUGAAAACGCAGAUUCCUUACCUUUCUCUCCAAAUGACCAACAGAGCUUAGACCAAACGUCAAAUGAAGACGCUUCUGCUGCGAUCGUAGAAAGUACUUCAAUUGUUGCAACAGAAUUAAAUACAAUUUGUGAGGACAUUCCUGUUGUUCACAAAGUUGUUGCUACCAAGUCAAGUGUGGUACAAACUCCUGUGAUCACAUCUGUUGGGAACAAUACUGCCUCAAAAUCAAGUGCCACAUGUGUUCCAACUGCUGUUGUCACCAGACAAGUGACAAAUGUUGUACCUGCUCCUACGCAAGUGUCUGUAGUAACUGAAAAACCCAGCGAAGUGAAAGUGGUUCAACAACCUCAAGCUGCUGUGGUGCAAUCUGUCUGUGUUACACCUAUGUUGCAGUUGAUGAUUAGGCUUCCUGAUGGCCAAACCAUGCCUGUUCAGUUUCCUGUCAUGUCUGCAGCUCCCACCGUUGCUACAGUAACACAGUCUGUUCAACCAUCUCAGUCUGUUCAACCAUCUCAGUCUGUUCAACAGCCUCAAACUGUUCAACAACUGAAGCCUGUCCAACCAGUUCAAUCUUCUGCUGCAGAAUCUUCAGAUUCUGAAAUUCCAGCUGCUAAUAUCUUAACAAAAAUGAGAUUGAAAGACAUGCUAAAAUUGAACAAGAAAUCUCUACCGAUUGCAAGGAAGAGUCCUCCAAGCAUUGUUAAAACAAAACUUACAGCAAUGACAGCCAGUGAACUUAUAAAUGAAUAUGGUCUUUCUCCUCCUCCCUCACCCGUGGGUACACAAAAAUCUGGACACACAGGAAGAAAGCGUCGAGAUACAAUUGAUGAUGUAGAUGAAAAACGUAAAAGAUCUCUUGAACGAAACAGAGCUGCUGCAACUAGAUGCAGAGAAAAGAGAAAACAAUGGAUAACAGCUUUAGAAAGGAAAGCAGAAGAACUUUCAGCUACAAAUACAAAUUUACAACACGAAGUUGCCUCACUAAGGAAAGAGGUUUCAGAUUUGAAGACACUUUUACUGUUACACAAAGAUUGUCCUGUUACUCAGCAGCAGAAAGCUACAAAUUUUGAUGUUGAUCAGGAAACGUAUGCUUCUAUUCAGUAUGUGACAUCUGAGGAAUAUCAGUGUGUGCCAAAUAGUUCAAAUGUUUCCCCAAUAGAACAUGCAGAGUACAUGGAAGUUGAAGCUAACUCAGUGCAAAGCAGCAGUGACUUGUCCCUCACAUCGGAUGGCAGUGAGGUCUCUUUUAAAGAGCGGUAGCAUUUGACCUUCAACAUGACCUUCACAGUUCAUUGAGUUUUUAACUUUCUUCCCUAGUUGUGCAACAAAAUAUUUUGAUAUAAUUUUAUUACCUCUGAAGUUUAAAUUUUUUUUUUUACUUGAUUUUUUUAAAUAGUAUUUUGUCAUGCAGUAACAAAGAACAUAAACUGUUUUUUUUUUAAGGUGCAUGGCAGAAUAAUCUGAACAAGAUGUUAUUGGGUUACUUAUGUAUUUUUUCGUAUUUGAAUUUGCUGUUCAAUGAUACGCUGUUUGUAAAGAAGCAGUCCGAAACUGUCUAACAAAUAAUAUUUUUUAACAAUUUAUUCAUUUACAGAUUUCAUAAUUACCCUUGAAUUAAGUUCCUUAAAAGUGUUAGUUUAAGAAAGUACACCUAGGUUUUAAGACACUUUUUCUGUUUUAGUAUUUGGCUUCAUAAAGUAUGAGUCUUCUGUUGAUAUGCCACAUCCAACUCCUGGCAAUUUAAUGCAAGUGUAUUAGGUUAUUUGUUUUUUAUUUUCAUCUUUUUAGAAUAUGUGUCCUUGUAACUGUCAACUCUUCAAGGAGGCUAUAGUUUAUAUUUAAACCGAUAGCAAGAUUUCUGCUUGCAAUACAUUUGGUUUAUCAUUAUAUUGACUUCCACUUAAUGCAAAUGAAUUGUUAUAUAUUGUAUCAUAAUGACUUGAAAUAUGACUGAUAGAUACGUCUGUUCAAACACUCGUGAUUUAUUACUAUUUAUCCCUCCUUAUUAGUGCCUACACUCUAUGGGCCCUUUUUAGAUAUUUUUUGUAAAAAUGCAUCAAGUAGCUGUAUGAAUUAUUUUUUAACCUACUUUGUGUUUCCAUUGAAUCAAUAGCUGAUAAUAUUUUUUUUGUUUGUUUUUAAAUCCGACUCCAGAAAAGUGUGCUACGUGUUUUUAAAUUUUUAUUAAUUUUAAUUCCUCUGCAUUUUAUGUUUAAUGAUUUUUUAAAAUCCAACUCAAAAGGAGCUGGAGAUUGUUGUUCUGAAUUUGACUAAAUAUUUUAACGCCUUUCAGUUGAAUGUCUUUUAAAAAAAAGAUAGUGAACUACAAAUUGUAAUUUGCAGACUUUUAAUUAAUUUAGCCAAUUUUUUUUAUAAGGCUCAACGUGACUUAACUGUAACAAAGUAGCAUAUCACAUAAGUCUUCGAAUUAUUUAGAAGUAGUGGUGAGUAAAAAACCUAAAAAUCGAAUUUACUAAACCAAGAGCCAUUCCAAGAGUUUAAUUUUCACGGUUUCAACUAAGUGGGUUUCAUAUUUUUGAAGCAAAUAAAGUUUUACUAACAGUCAUACUUUUUUUUGGACAGUUUCAAAAGAUAAUUUUCAAGAAAUGUGUGAAAAAUUUCGUGUAGAAUCCUAAUUACGUGAUCGUGCUAAUACAAAUAGAAUUUUUGACAUUACAAAUCAUUUUUUUUUAAAAGGUUUUACAUUAAAAAUAAAUUCUUGUUUAUGUAAGGUUCACUAUAAAUGUGUUUGGCUAUACUUCAUUAUUUUCAUUUCAAAUAAAUGAUAAGUCUCAAGUUUUUGUAAAUCAUGUUCUUAUACUUUUCAUGGUUAAAAAACAGGGUUGGGGUUUUGGACGUCCUAAACUGGUUUUGGACAUGACACGUGGGUUUUACUGUUUUUAAACUGCCCUAAACGGACUGAAACUGUCUUAAAGUGUCCUAAACCUUGGACAUUGGCAAAAGGUACAAAAUUCUAUUUGUGUAACCACUGUAUGUAUAAUAAUUACAUAUAUUAAUACAUAUUUGAUACUUUUCAUACAAUUUGUUUUAACUUUUGAAGCACCAUAAUUCAUUGAACAACGAAAGUGAAUACCUUUAAAUAUGAAUAAAUAUGCUUUUAAUACUAAUAAAUUAAGUUUUUGCGUAAGGAUAAAUAAAUGCAAUAUUAAAAAGGAUGAUAAGCUUUUUUAAUAAAACAAAAAACUUGUCUGUUUCUUGUUCAAAAAUUAACCUUUUAUAUUUCACAAUAUUUUUUUACAAUUAUGACAUAAUAUGAAUAAAAUGGUUUCAGAUAGUUUAAGACAGUUUUAGACAAAAAGGGGUUUUGGACAGGACUGUUUUGAACCGUGAAUUAAUUCUUUCUGUCCUAAACCAUGCCAACUCUGUUAAAAGAUAUUAUUAGAAAUAGGGACUUAUAGAUUGUUUUACUUAAUGUCCAUAAGGCAAUAUUUUAUAUCACAAUCAAGUUGUACUUAAACUGCAACUGUAAAAAAUGUUAAAUUUUGGCCGCAUGUUUAUAAUAUGUAUAAGAAAUCGCUUGUAGUGUUGUUGCUUUUAGCUUGAAAUGUUCAUACGAUGAACUUUUUUUUAAUUUUAAUCAAUCAUAUUCUUCUCAUUUUGUACAUUGAUCUUCAUUAGUAGCAUUCAUUAAAACACUUAGGAAGUUUUUAAAACACUUUUCAAGUUUUGGCAGCAGCUAAAAUAAAAACCUGUACAUGAUUGUAAAUAUUGUUGUUCUGUAAAUUUCACUUUGUUUACUAUUAUUUGAUAUUUAUGUAAUUGUGUCAGAUUGCUGUAUGCAUUUUCAUAUUUUCUAAUUAUUCAUGUUGCUUUUUUUCUUGUCUUUUUUUAGAAACUAUGAUAAUAUAGAUUUUUAAAUGUUUUAAAUUUGCUAUAAUCUUUAUCAUUAAAUACUGAAGUAAUAUUUAUUGACAUAGUAAGCAACAUUUUAUUCAAGUGAAAACGAGAAUGAAUUUAUAAUGUUUCAUUUUGUUUUAACUUAUUUUUUGAUACACAAGAAAUGUAAAUAAUAGGGUCAUGUGAUGUAUAAACUUGAUUAAAAGCUGUACAUUUUUGAUAAAUAUUGGAAUAAAUGUCAGCAAAAUUAUAAUAUAGAUUUUUAAAUGUUUUAAAUUUACUAUAAUCUUUAUCAUUAAAGACUGAAGUAAUAUUUAUUUACAUAAUAAGUAACAUUUUAUUCAAGUAAAAACAAGUGGAAAAUUUCAUUUUGAAUUUUUAAUGUUACAUUUUGUUUUGACUUAUUCUUCGAUAUGCAAGAAAUGUAAAUGAUAGUGUCAUGUGACAUAUAAACUAAAUUAAAAACUGUACAUUUUUGAUGAAUAUUAAAAUGCAAAAUUAGGUAAAGUGGUUAUAAUGUUCGACAUAAUUUAUUUUCAAGUUGGAUUUGACUUAUAUAUUAAUUUGUGAUAGUUAGAUAUCGUAUUUAACUAAAGAUACAUACAAAAAAUAACUUAUAAAAAACUCGCAGAAUUGAAAAAAAUUUUAAUAUUGGACAAUCUUUUUUUUAACUCAAAUGUUUUUGUUCAAGUUAUAUUUAAAUUACACAGUUUCUAAAUUUAAAAAAAGUUUAUUCUCAAAGCAGAAUUAAACUUGAAUAUUGUAUUCAGAUCUAAUUCAGCCUCUGAUGAAAGAAAUUCACCCUUUUCAAAGAAUUAACAAAUAUCUUGAGACAGUAGAAACUUGAUCGAUCGUUUCUCGAGUGAAAAUUUAUUAUGAAUCGUGGAUAUGGGAAAACGACGAAUGGGGGUCAAUAGAUAAUAAUUAAUUAUAUAUAUUAACAAUUAAUGAUUUGAAAAUUAAUAAAGAAAUAAUGAAUAGACUUGAGAAUGUAUAAAUUUACAAUAAGUGUGAAAAAUUUUCAUGGAGAAAACUAUUUACUUACUGCAAAUUAUUUUUAAUGCAAAAGAAAGACUAAUGCAUUUAUUUAUUUAAACUAUGUAGAAAUUUUAAUUUGAACACACUCUUUUCUUCUUAAUGCAAACUAUAAAUUUUCGGCAUUUGUAACAGAUAUAAAAAAAAAAUCAUUGUGAAUUAGAAAAUUUCUUGUGAAAGUGCAAAAUAUGUUGAUUUCAAAUCUUUGCACUGGUUGUGGUUCCCUUUCACGCCUUCAUUUGUAUCAUUUGCAACCCAUCAGUUUCUACAACCAUUUUGGCAAUCAACAUCACACCACAUGUUUCAUAAUUUUUAUUUACUGAUGCAAAAAUAUGAAAUCUGAUGCUUGCAGUAUUUUUUUCACAAUUUCUUCUUUUUAACAAUCUAUUCACAUUUUCUUCAACAUUAGCAUCAUGAGUUACUCUUUCUUUUCUAAGCCAAAUAAUUAUUUUUAUAAAUUUUCUCCCCUUCAAAUUCCAGUUAAAUUUGUGAUUGAUAGAUCCGAAAAAAAGUUUCUAAAUUCUAUAUCUAUCUAAACUGGUAUUUGCAGUCUAGAAACCGUUAAAUACAUUGACGAGACCGUUAAAAUGAGGGAAAACAAAAAAUUCAGGAACGAUGGAUCGAGGUUUGACUGUAAUUUUUUAAAUUAAUUUCGUUUUUUAUAAAAGAUGUAAUAACUAUUUCUGGAACCAGUUAAGAAUGUAAGAGAAACUACAAGCUAUUUAACUUUUGUUUUUAAAAAUUAUAUGAUGUAUUAAGGAGUCAAUUAUUCAGUAAGAAUUAUAUUUAUCUAUCAACCAAAGCUGCUCUAAAAAUUUUUAACACAGAAAAAUAUUCUUUUAUAAUAAAAUAACACAAAUUUCUUGUCUAUUUUUGUUAUUAUGACCACUUUACCCACCUCUCAUUGUUUAAGAAUUCAUAAAACAUUCUUAAAAUAAAAUAACAAAAUGGUGAUUUAUCAAAAAGAAAAAAGUUUUGAAAUUGUGUGCGAUGCGUUCUUUUUAGAACACAUUCGGUUCAAUUUAAAUUCUUAUUACAUUUUUGAAGGUAAUGUAAAAUUUAACAAUUUCAUAUAGUAGUUACAAGUCUAGUAAAAGUGUAAAAAGGGUGUAUUACAACCUAAUUAUGCAAAUCUGUCCAAAACACAUUGAAAAACAUAUUGAAAAUGUGAUAAAUAUUAUAAAAAUAUGAUGAAAUUUUUCCUAAGCCAAUGUAAAAGUAUAAGUGUUUCAAAUUUUUUAAACUUGUCAUUACAAAUCUAUUAAAAUGUUACAUGAACAACUGAUUUGUAAGAAAACAAAUAUCAGUAGAUCUAAAUAAAUGUACAUACGUA